AGGACUUCUAAACAUAGAGGAUCCCAACCCUCGCAGACCACAAAGCCUUCUCCCCAUUUCUAAUGUCCGCCUGCAUGUCAAUUCUUUUUCAAGCAAAUUCGAAGCUUCCAUAAACAUCCUAUUCAACACAAAUUAAAUUCGUAUUAAAAAAAAACACAAAUUAAAUUAAUCAGUCUGAACCCAAAAAUAAAAUUCAUCGCAGCGGACAGCAGACGGCGUUUCUCAAUUCUAGUAGCCAUAUUCGAGUCUCGAGGCACCGAUCAUGAACUUAGGGUUCUAUUGACCACGCCAAUCUGUGUAGUAGAACUGUGAAUGAUGUCAAGACCUGUGUUGCUUGUUUUUCUGCUUAUUGUUCUCAUAAUCACUUCCCAGUUUGAGUGGAGGCAACCACUUGUGGUUGACCUUGACGCAACUCCAAGCAUCUCCCAAAAGCAGAAUCAGAUCUCAAAUAGGGAAGAAGCCGUAAAAGAGAAGAUCAUAUUAUUGCAAGAAAAGAACAUUCAGAGACUAAAUGAGCUUGUUCGUAGUCUCCGGGAACAGUUGGUACAGUGUAGGAGCAAGACUCAGACCACAAAUCACACUUUUUGUUGCCAUUUUGGGGCUCAUUGGAUGGUGCGGUAAUGGAACAGGUUGCAGCAAAUAUGUAGCAUCAUCAUCCCUUGGGACCUGCUCCUAAGCCACCUACUACUUUAGAAGGCGAACUGUGUCAUGUAUUUCAUCAUCAAACUCACUUCUAAUGGACUUCCCAUCUAUUUGUGGUGGGUUGUUUAGCUGCUUCAUCUCAUUCUUCAUAAAUCACAUAUUCAGUAGAAAACGAGACAUCACCCCAAAAGCCAAAUGACUAUUAAUAUGCAAAGCAAGAGGAGGUUACUAUAGUA